AUGACACCUCAGGUACCGGGAGCCCUCAAGCUUCCUUUCGUUGCAGCCUUGGCUUUGGCGUUAGUCCUCCCGGCAUCUGCCAUCGACGGGUCCGUAGUGGGAACAUCCUGCCACCGCGAAGCCACGGCCUGCGACGCCAACGCGGAGUGCUCGACAUGUCGGGGUGGACUGGAGCGGGGGAUGCUCGCGACGGAAUGUCAAGGCUAUUCAGGUCUCUUGGACCCACGACGCAGCUUCUGCAAAGUUCUUGAGGCAUCAUACUGCUGCAACGUGGGGGAGAGCGGUCAGACUCAGGCCUGUUUGGCGGAGGAUCUGAUUAUGGAAUACUUGGAGUGCCUGCUGGGCGGUCGGGAGUGCUCUACCAUAGAAGAUAUGCCCUGCUACGGUGAGGAGUCUCGAGCUUCGGUGCCGCGCGAACUCUCAGCCGCAGGAGAGGACGAAGUGUCUUCUGUCGACGCCGGCUACGUCGAGGACAGCGGCAGUAGCCCAUCGCCUUCGUAUCCCUUGACCACGACACCUGGUCCUACCUCGCAGCUAAAGUUUUUCACCAGCGCGACCGGUUCUCCGACAUCCAUGGCGGUCGGGUUGGAGGGGGGCUUGGGAACGGGGGUGGUGAAGGGGACGUUGUCUGCGAUGGGUGUGCCGAUGUCUUUGAUUGACGAGGUCGGGGAAAAGGUCGCCGUUCAAGAGGAGACUCUCUCCCCGGCAGCAAGCGUGCUCGGCGUGGAUGUAGAAAACCUAUCCUUCGACAACCUGCGCUACUUCCAGGGGGCGGAAUCUGAAGUGUCAAUCACUGUCAACCCCGAGUUUCUCGUGGACCAGGAUGAGAUUGGCGGGGGGACCACUACCGGGGUCGUGGGCGCUACCGGUGAUGCAGAGACCCACCUGAUGGCAAAGUCCACAGGAUUAGGCGAGAAGAAAUCACCGCUCCACACAAGCGGGAACCGCCUCUCGCAGAGUUAUGCCCAAGAUCUGGUGCAGCUGUACGCUGAGUUUAAGGAUUCCGACGUUAGCUCCGACAACGCGGCAAGCGACUUUACCCGCGAUCACUCCAAAGCUCAGACCCAGAAACACAAGAUGAAUCCCCUCUUCGUUGACGACAGUCGCAACCACCGCAACCAACAACGGAGUCUGCCGGGUCAAAUUGCGGAAGGUGUAGAGGUGAAGGAAGCAGUGGCAUUGGGGAAAUCUCACGAGAGUGCCGCCGCCUCAGGCAACAAAGACCCUGUCGCGUCACGGCCGUCUCCCGUUCAGGAGAAGGUUUUGGACUCCCAGACCCGUUGCAAGAACGGAAGUAGCGACGAACGUCCUACAACUGCCACCGUUCCAUGUCUUCCCGCCUCUACAGCCACCGCCGCGAGACAACCAGCAAGCGCUACGAUCACGUCUUCACGACCUCAUCUCGUGGAAGGCGAUAGGUUGGGGACUUUGGCCCAGCAUUGCUCAGUGACUGGCGAUGGUGGAAUGGCGAUAGCCGUCCAGCCGGGAGACGGUCUCGCCUCUACAGCCACCGCCGCGAGACAACCAGCAAGCGCUACGAUCACGUCUUCACGACCUCAUCUCGUGGAAGGCGAUAGGUUGGGGACUUUGGCCCAGCAUUGCUCAGUGACUGGCGAUGGUGGAAUGGCGAUAGCCGUCCAGCCGGGAGACGGUCUCGCCUCUACAGCCACCGCCGCGAGACAACCAGCAAGCGCUACGAUCACGUCUUCACGACCUCAUCUCGUGGGAGGCGAUAGGUUGGGGACUUUGGCCCAGCAUUGCUCAGUGACUGGCGAUCGUGGAAUGGCGAUAGCCGUCCAGCCGGGAGACGGUCUUGACCUCACGGCCGCCAAAACCACGGUCGCCAGCGUCGACCGCCCCGGCAGUACGGGCCGACGAAGCCCGGACGGGCGAGGGAGAGAAGCCGGCGCGGCGGUCUGGGGGUCCCCAGCGAUCGCACAUGACCGCGCCACACGAACGCCGAAUGGCGCUCACCAGCAGCAAACACGCGACUGGGGAGAAGCUAUUGAGGCGGCAGCGAAAUCCGUCCUGGAUGAGAACGGAGCGAACGGGGCUCGGCCAGCCCCAGUCGAGGCUUACGAGGCUCUCACGGCAAACGCCGCCGGGGUGCAAGACGCGGACUCGGAGCGGUUUCCCUCUCCCCUGCGCGACGACGUCACCAACGACAACCCGCUCGAUCCCACGGAGCCCCAAGAACAGACCAUCGGUGUUGCUGUGGUUCAGGUCUACGGCAGCAGCAAAACGGGCGGCUUCGGAGGACGUGGCUACCGCGAGGGAAGCAGGAAGGGAGAGCGUCCUACGACACCGAACCGCCGGUCGGCUCCGUCGCCAAUCCGCGUAUUCGCCACCGCACCACGGACAGCGACAGCGUCCUCCCGGCUCGGCGCGGGCCGUCCACUUCUCCAAUCAUAA